AUGCCCUCAUCUAUCUAUCCAUUUCCAGUCAUUCGUCAAUAUCCUCUACAACCUAAGUAUUAUUCUUAUACUGAAUAUCCAUCAUCUUCAUUAUUAACGCCAAUGCCAUAUAUUUCACCUACACGUGAUCAAUAUUCUUCAUCAUUAAAAUACAAUGAUGAUGAUGCUGCUUAUUUUUCUGACUACCAUCAUAGACAUCGUCAUUCUCGUCAUUCUGGUCAAUGGCAAUAUUCUAAUAAUCAAAAACUGAAUAGAGCGCGUAAUUUGUCAAGUCAAUCACAAUCAACAAAAUCAUCAAUAUUAAAUGAAAAUACAUUUUCUUCAUUAAUUAAUCAUCAAGAAAAUGUUGAUUUUUCAACAAAAAUUAGUAUGAGUGAAAGUGAAAAUUGUGAACAUGGUGUUCUUAAACGUGAUAUUAAACGAACAACAAAUAAUUUAUAUAAACCAUUCAAUGCAAUAGAAUUUUUAGCUAAAACGCAAUCAGAAAUUCGACAAGAAUUUCGUAAGUUACCCAAUCCACCAGCUAAAGAUACACAUGCAGCAAAAGAAGAACGAAAUCUUGAUAAAUCUCGUUAUCGAGAUGUUUUACCAGGUGAAUCAACUCGUGUUAAACUUCAACCUGAUGAUGAUGAAAAACAUGAUUUUAUUAAUGCUAAUUAUGUUACUGGAUAUAAUAAUCAAGAAAAAGCUUAUAUUUUUACUCAAGGACCACUUCAAACAACAGUUAAAGAUUUUUGGCGUAUGGUUUGGCAAGAAAAUGUAACAAUUAUUGUUAUGACAACAAAUAUUCGUGAAUCAGGCACUAUGAAAUGUUUUCCAUAUUGGCCAACACAAUCAAAAGAGAUAACCAAUGCUGGUCUAUAUCAAAUACAAAAUGAAAAAUCAGAAAAAUUUGAAAGUUUUAUUAUAACAACAUUAUUAUUAAGAAAAAAAAAUCAUGCCGAAACUCGUGUUAUUUAUCAUGCACAUUAUCUUAAAUGGCCUGAUCAUGGUAUACCAUCCAAUACAAAAGAUGCUUUAUUAUUUCUUGAUAAAGUUGAAUAUUAUCGACAAAUAACAUCAACGAAAGGACCAAUACUUCUUCAUUGUUCAGCUGGUAUUGGACGUACAGGAACAUUUUGUGCAAUUGAUAUUGGAAUAAAAAGAUAUUUAGAAAAGAAAAGUAUUGAUAUACCAUCAACAGUACUUAAAAUGAGAACAGAACGUGCUGGUAGUGUACAAACAGAAGAUCAAUAUUUAUUUGCUCAUUUAGCUUUAAUGGAUUAUAUAAAACAACAAUUAGCAUUACAAGAAAGAAUUAAUGAAACAAUUAAAUCAUCUGAAACAGACUUAAUUGAUAAAUCUAAUGAAAUAAAAAUCAAAGAUGAUAAUGGUUCAAAUGAAAUGGAUGAUCAUAAACGUAAAACAUCACGUUCAAAAUCAAAUAGAAAAAAAUCUAAUGAUCUCGAACAAAGAAAUACUAUUCCAAUAGUUAAUUCUGGUAAACUUAGUAAUAUACUUGAACCUACAUAUUAUCGAGGAAAAGCACUAAGUGAUUCAUCUGUCUCAGCUGUUCAAUAUUUAAUACCGUCUACAACAAUUGCUCAAAGCGAACCAAGUCGACAACGAUCUGUAACAGAACAUAUCUCAUCGAUGCCAAAUACGACUGGCAAUGUACAUCAUAAAAAAGCUCGUAAAUAG